AUGGAGACUUCUCAACUAUUGUGCACACCCUGUGUGACCACACCCUUGUCCGCACCAGAACCUGCACCCGAACAAGCGAACUGUGUCUCUAGCAACCUGUCUGUGGUGGGUGAGUUUCAGCAAGAAUUAGCCAAGCGGAAGUUAUCUACCAUGGAGCCCUCAGACAGUUCAGACAGUGGGGACUACGAAGGUGAUUCAGAGCCGAGUCAGACAUCUAACCUAGGUGAAAAUCCAUGCUCAAGGGCAAACAAGGCUUCUGAGCGGGCUGAAGAUCCCAGCACUAUUGAAGACACGCCAGCCACAUCUAGGCCGUCCUCUCCGCCGACGGCUCGCUCUAAAUUAAAAUGUUCUCGAGCUCGAACGACACUAAGUUCCAAACCCCCGGUGCGCUACCCGUCGAUAGCUGUGGUUAUACCGUCAACGUCCUGGAAACAAGGACCCGCCAGGACAAGCACAAGGGCCGCUGCGGCAGUAUGCAAGAAGCGACUCCGCUCAGGUCGAGGCACCGGCGACCACCAAGACGAGAACACCCCCAAUGACACGGAACAGCCGUGUCAAAAGAGGAAGAAAAGGAGACCUUCAAUUAGGCCACUUUCCGACCCUUUGAAAUCUUCCGUUCCUAUUUCAUCUCAUCGCUCUGGUGCUAUCCAGCGUUUGCAUGGGAGUGCUAUCCUCACGGUCGAGUCUAAUACUGGUCUGAAACCGGCAUAUUUCUUUACUUUCGUACCCGACCCUAGCCCGAUGCUGCCUCCAGUCCACACGGAGGUUAUCCCCCCAUUGAAACACACGUACACGUCGGACGAGAAUGCGCUGCUCGUGCGGCUGAAGGAAAAAGAGGCAAUGUCAUGGUCUGAGAUUACGACUCACUUCCCAGGUCGAAACAUGUCAUCCCUUCAAGUUCACUAUUCAACCAAAUUACGCCACAAGGCCGGCUCUCGCCUUACGCGUGAUGCUUCUGCGCCGCAGCAUCUUCCAGAACAAGAAAAGGAGUGCAUUGAAAUGAACCCGGAGCUCAAUAAGCUAAAAAUAGAGUGCAAUACCUUUCGCCAUGAGCUUAUCGCAGAAUAUCAUCAAUCAACGAAAGCACGGAAGGCUGAUCCUACACCUUAUGAUCAAUAUCGAAGGCUGCAAGAUCAAGUCAGGGCUAAGCGAAAAAAACUCCACAUGGAUGCCAAAGACAAGAUGUACGACAAUUUCUUCGAACACGUUGGAAAUCGUAUUAUCGAUCAAAACUACCAAGGCAUUCCCGUGGAAUUUGAGCCAAACACAUCACACAUACAGCCGGAACGGAAGGUUCUCGCGGACCUUGAAUUCAAAAACAGAGAUGUGGAUACUGUCGACGAUGCGGAACUAGUGGAAGACCGCAUUAGGUCACUAGAGUUGCGACUCGAGCUUCACCAGCGCAACAUACCUAAGCCAUUGAGGAAACGGGUCAAGUUUGAGGCCACUACCAAAAAGCCGGACCAGCCACCAUUCAUGAUGAAAAGCUCGACUGAGUCAAAUAUUGUUUUUACGAUGCCAUCGUCUUUCCUCCCUUACUUUUUGACUGUAGGGAAUCGUGCUGUACAAGAUGGCAGAAGGUCAUCAUCUCCAAUUCAGUUCGGUGCCGCCUAG